GCGCGCGGGGCGGCGCCGCGGGCCACGGCACCCAACCAGGCGCCAGAGCGAGGCGAGGCGGUGCGGCGCGGAUCGGUGCGGUGCGUGGCCGGCCGGGGCCAUGUCGGGCAAUGCCGGGGAGUGGUGCCUUAUGGAGAGCGACCCCGGGGUCUUCACGGAGCUCAUUAAAGGAUUCGGUUGCCGAGGAGCCCAAGUUGAAGAAAUCUGGAGUUUAGAGCCUGAGAAUUUUGAAAAAUUAAAGCCAGUUCAUGGACUAAUUUUUCUUUUCAAGUGGCAGCCAGGAGAAGAACCAGCAGGCUCUGUGGUUCAGGACUCCAGACUUGACACGAUAUUUUUUGCCAAGCAGGUAAUUAAUAAUGCUUGUGCUACUCAAGCAAUAGUGAGUGUGUUACUGAACUGUACCCAUCAAGAUGUCCACUUAGGAGAAACAUUAUCAGAAUUUAAAGAAUUUUCACAAAGUUUUGAUGCAGCUAUGAAAGGUUUGGCACUGAGCAAUUCUGACGUGAUUCGGCAAGUGCACAACAGUUUUGCCAGACAGCAAAUGUUUGAAUUUGAUGCAAAGACAACAGCAAAAGAAGAAGAUGCUUUUCACUUUGUCAGUUAUGUUCCUGUUAAUGGAAGAUUAUAUGAACUAGACGGGUUAAGAGAAGGACCAAUUGAUUUAGGUGCAUGCAAUCAAGAUGACUGGAUCAGCGCAGUGAGACCAGUAAUAGAAAAAAGAAUACAAAAGUACAGUGAAGGUGAGAUUCGCUUUAACUUAAUGGCUAUUGUGUCUGACAGAAAGAUGAUUUACGAGCAGAAGAUAGCGGAGUUGCAGAGGCAGCUUGCCGAGGAACCCAUGGAUACAGACCAGGGUAAUAACAUGUUAAGUGCAAUUCAGUCAGAGGUUGCCAAGAACCAGAUGCUCAUUGAAGAAGAGGUGCAGAAAUUAAAAAGAUACAAGAUUGAAAAUAUAAGAAGGAAGCAUAAUUACCUGCCUUUCAUUAUGGAAUUGUUAAAGACAUUAGCAGAACACCAGCAGUUAAUACCCCUAGUGGAAAAGGCAAAAGAAAAACAGAAUGCAAAGAAAGCACAGGAAACCAAAUAAAGAUGCUUUGGAAAGUGGACACAUUUCUGCUUCUGCACAUUAUUUCCUGGAAAGCAUUAAGUAUCAAGAACUCUGAGUACCAUCUUAAUUGACUGCACGUUUGGCCAUAGUACCCGUGUGUCUUGUCUUUACUGCAUGGAUCCGUAGACCUUUCCUUGCCUGCAUCAUGUGCAUGGAGUACAUAGUAAAUAAAAGUGGUGGUAGAGUGCUUGCCCAAAUUCCAUUCUUUAACUGGACUCAAGAACUCUCGAAGACUUUCUGGAUUAGAACUACUGUAAUGAAUGUAGAAAACGCACAAAUGAUGUUUUAUUUCCUUCUUGUAAUUAAUUACGAUUCAUCUUUUGAUUCUUAAAUUCAAUCAAGUGCUUAAAAUUGAUAAAUGUCAAAUCUUGACUAAAA